ACAGAGUUUUCAGGAGUGAUUGCUCCACUAGAGAAGUGUAUGAGAAAGGAGCUAAGGACGUUGCGAUUUCAGUAGUCAAUGGAAUUAAUUCAAGUGUUUUUGCAUAUGGACAAACGAGCAGUGGAAAGACGUUCACGAUGACUGGAAUAACCGAGUUUGCAAUAUCUGACAUAUAUGAUUACAUACAAAAGCACCCAGAAAGAGAUUUUGUGUUGAAAUUCUCGGCUAUGGAGAUAUACAAUGAAUCUGUUAGGGACCUCUUAAGUGUAGAUACUACUCCACUAAGACUCCUUGAUGAUCCUGAG